GUCGGUUGAAAGUAAAGAGCUGUAAGUAAGAUUCGAUCAAUCUGUACUCUUCGAACCCCACCGUUAUUUUUUAGGUCUGCGAUGUCACGUCUCUGGUGAUAUUUCACACAAAUACAGGGCCCGUGCGUGUCUGUUCGUAAGGAACAGAAGCGAAGCGCAAGUUUAAUUUAGUCGCCCCGGAGGUGAGAGUGAACUUAGUCCCCCGUAGAGUUUGUGUUUAGGUCUGAGAGGUCCCGCAACGCACACAGGGUCGAUAUUUCUCUCUUGAAAACGAAAACUUAGGAACGGAGCAGUGUACCUCCGAGAGAAAGAAAGGAGAGAAUAGGAAAAAAAGUGAUUGUGUUAUAGAAAUCAAAAGCAUGGGAUUGAAGAGCUUGAUCGCCCUCGCGGCGGCUGUCCAGGCGGACAAGUCGGACAUCACCAAUGCCUAUGUCGAAAAGGCACUUCCAGUCAUCGGAUCGGUAAGAUGCAGGUUUGGGAAAAUGUGAGCAUGCGCACCGAACUAUUUUCAUGGCCGUGUGGUGCACUUCGCUGAUUUAAAACAUUCUAAGGUCAAGAACCAGUUGACGAUCGCUUUUUUCUCUGGCUGUUGAUGCUCAUGUUUUUUUUUACCCCGCACUCUGCGUCACAAUAUACACUUCAGGAAUUGGAGCACACGAUUACGCGGGAAACACUUGCAAAGGAGGCCGGGCCAACCCUCCUGAAGGAGUUCAAGGACUCGGGAUUGUCAGAGUCCCAGGUGAUUGCUACCAAACUAAAAAAAAAAACUGUUCCGUGUUGAAAGGACAAUGUUUGUGCGAAGGAAAUUUAGUAAAUUCCUCGAGCGAGUAAGUAGAGACCAAGACAUGCAAAGAGGCCCGCAUUUAAAGAUCAAGCUGAUUGUGCAGCUACGACACGGAAAAAAUUUUCGUAUGUUUCCGCGUGCUCCCACCUUCAGCAUUGCACAAUACAAGGCUUUUGAUUUCGCACGAGCACUGUUUUAGAAUCCAUAUUUUCCGCAGCCAAGGGAGGCUUGAACAGCGAGCAGGUGAAGGCCGUCGAGCAGGGCAUGACCAAGGCCCUGCAGGAAGAGGGCGUGUCCAAAUCGGAGCUCGUCGGCGCCCUUGAGACCCCGGUCGCCGCUCAGGUACUACUACGGAGCUCACUGAUGAUUUUAGUAUCACGUAUGUUUGGAUUUUUGUCGCACUAAAUUUAAGAGAAAAAAGGCUUCACGUGUGUAGGAUAGAAGAAUAAUGAUCGGCGCGCCGCCACAACUGUCAGGUGUUGCACGACUCGCACUUCAUCGACCAGGGUUACCCGUACAAGUACCCGGGACAGCCCCUGUCCUACAACGUAUCCACGCGAUCGAAGCAGGCGAGAAUCAAAAUUUUGCAUCAUCGGCGCAAAAAUUCGAAAGUGCAAAAACGUUGUAUGCUGUUGCGUGUUUUAUAAGCUGCCAGGUAGGCUUAUUGUGUUUCUAAGCAGAAGAAAUCAGUAUUGCUGCAAAACGCGCUCGACUCUACGUGAGGCUCGCGCCACAAAUCACGAACGCUUUUUGUGGAUAGUUAUUGCGUUGCAUUGCGCACCAGAAUUUUUAUUGCAUUAUUUGAGUGCAGCUCUUCUGUUUCGCGCGCAUACCUGCCCUACGGGUUCCCGCUGUCCAGCACGGGCAUUCCGAUCGUCCAGGCCUUGGCUGACAACGAGGCGUUGGGCAGCCACGAUGUCGUCGGCACCACCUUCUGGAUUGCGUGCAACGCGAUGCUCGCCUUCACCGUCUUCUUCCUCGUCGAGAUGUACGAAGUCCCAAAGCGUAUAAAGCCUUGCUUAUUUUCAAGUUCAGUUCGCUAUGCUACAGUGCUUAUUUUCAAACUUCCCUUUGGGAUUUUAGUUUUCAAUAUAAAGCCUUUUGUGCAUUCUGGAGAGCAUUUCGGCAUUCUAGAUGCUUAUGCAAUCGACGAUGUAAUUAAAAUGUUUGGCUACUGCUCGAGACGCCCCAACAGAAGAGAGAGGUUUGAUGUAAAGGUCUCGGUACGCGAGAACCCAGGAUUUAAAUCUAGUAUCGGAAAAACUUUUUGAAAAACAACAGAGUGGAAGCGAUCCAUCUGCGUCGCGGCCCUGGUGUGCGGCGUUGCUUUCUGGAACUACAUCUACAUGAAGGACACCUGGUCCAAGACCCAGCAGUCCCCCACGGCCUACCGCUACACGGACUGGUUGAUCACCGUGCCUCUGCAGGUUCUGGGGAAAUUAUUUUAUUCUUCGAUGCAGUCUCAUUCCGGAGAAAAAAAGAAAAACAGGACUGGAAUGUACUGCACCAGAAAUGCACAUCAAGUGAAAAUCAAAAUUUUGUUCACUCUCCUUUAGCUGAAGUAAAAAAGGCUUGGUUCGUUGUAUUGGUAUCCGGAUUCUUCAAUACAGAUCGUCGAAUUCUACCUGAUCUUGGCCGCGGUCAUGGAUGUCAGCGCCAGCUUGUUCUGGAAGUUGUUGGGCACGUCCGUCGGCAUGCUGCUCUUCGGCUGGUUCGGUGAGGCCGGCAUCAUCUCCGUCCUCUGCGGCUUCGUCCCGGGCAUGCUGUGCUGGCUCUACAUCAUCUACGAGGUACUACAUCUGUGAAAUUCUUAUUUCCGACGUAUUGAAGAGGUGCCAUGCAAAAGAAAUCUGCGUAUCAUUAACCUCAGUGCCAACACGAGAGCCGCAUUUUUUUUUCCAAACUAAUGACGUUCGAUGUGUUAUUUGAAAAAAAUCCAAAACAGGUGUUCAUGGGCGAGGCGUCUCAGAUCAGCGCAAAGUCAACCAACGUGGCCAUGAAGUCCGCUUUCAACACCCUGCGCCUGAUUGUGUCCGUCGGCUGGUCCAUCUACCCGAUUGGCUACUACGUGACCUACCUGAUCGCGCCGGGCACCCCCGGUAACACCGCCUUCUACUACGGCUACCACUCCCAGUCCGUCAUCAUAUCAACUGCAAAGAUAGUAUCUGGGCCUGGAAGGAUGCAAAUUUUGUCAUGCACCUGUCUGGCAUGGCUAGACCUAGAGAAAAAGCUUGUGAUGCGUGUCCAAGAAGAAAGCCCUCCUCUUGUCAUGCAAAAGCAGUGCAGUUAUUUCUCAUGCUUGGCUGUGUAUAAUGACAGAGCACCCAGCCACUAUUCGACGCAGCAGCACAGGUUUCCAGACCCAGAGAUAUUUGCAACGCAUACAUCAACAUCGUCUACAACGUCGCGGACUUGGUCAACAAGGGUGCCUUCGGCAUGGCCAUCUACUCCGCCGCCUGCAUGGACAAGUAAAUCGUGGAUCAAGAAUUAUCUUUUGUUCUACUUCCGACCAUAUCAAAUGUAAAAAUGUCUGGGUCUGGAAACUUGUGAUGCUGGGUGGCGUCUCAUGACGAGGCCGCAAAUGCUGGCUCAGCAUGACAAGUUUCUGAGCUUCUAGGUGUUGCCUAUUCUGCAUGACAAACUGCGUUUCUGCAUCACAGAAAGACAGAGCUCCUGGGUAACGUGCAUGACAGAUUCAAGAGUCAUGCCAGACAAGCACGACAAACAUCAAUUCUUCCCAGACCCAGACAUUUUUACAGUUGAUAGACCAAGCACAUAAGUAGAACAGGAGCAAGCUGUGUGACCAAGUCGUGAGGCAUUUUGUACAAUACGAAGCUAGUAUCAGACCGACGGUACACAGCAGAAGAACUUAAUUCAUCGGAGCGAUUCGGAGUAGCCAGCAAUUCGACGAAAAGACCCCACACCGUUGAGAAUUGCUCAAGCAGGCACGUUUUUCUGUACAGGUCAAGAGUAUAGGUUUCACACACAAAAGUCACAAGGCAGUAUCGAAGCUGUAUCAGCAUUUGUAUCGCUGCGUAGUUAGAGAUUUUUCAGUGUGAUCAUGGCUUUGAUUUUCGCUGUGAAGAGUCACGGAGAAAAUCACACUGAAAGCAGCUGCUUCGAUCAGUUUUAUUUGUCGUGACUCGAUAGUUAGUUCCAGCUCGUUCAAAACACCUAUGUAAUCAAUUCACAACUAUCCAACAGGUUUUAUAGAACACAUCACAAAAAUCGGGGAAUCGAUUUAGAAUCAUCAUCAGACAAAGCAAAACUAACCAAAAACUAUUGCGGUCAAUGGAAAAGAAAAGACAAGUCGGACGACCAAAGAGACACGUAAUAAUGGUUACAGUCAGAAAUAUCAGUGGAAUAGACAAUCAGCAGGAAUCAGAAUCAGUUUAUUAUAGGAAUCAGACUAAAUCCGAUGUUGAUACUGGAUUUAAAUAUGUGUAUUCUGUUUUUACAAAAUACCGUGAGAAAUGGUAGGAGAGUGACGUAGUUUGUGUCGUUCUCCUGAAGUUAAACCAUGGUAUAGGAAUCACAGCAUAUUGAGUUGUCUAGAUACGUCGAACAACAAGUGCAAGAUUUAAUAGAUACAGGGCAUACACUUUUUGAAAACAUUUUUAAAUCGGGGAAGAGGACUGGCGCACUUGAUGUGACGUCGUGUCCGCUUCACCCGCGUCGAUGCUAAGUUGCUGUGCAGCCAGAGAAACUUCAAAACACGAAAUGAAGCAACUAAAAAGAAAGAAUAACACAAAUAGCUGCCAAGAAAUGCGUAAGCACGAGAAAGCGGCUAACUUCGCACUUCAUCGACCAUGUGUGCGCUGCGAUCUCGGGUAAUAUGUCACACCACGCGCAAGCUCAUGAUCUACAGUGAGACGCGCGAGCUGAAGAUCUCCAUACCCUUGAAAGGUCGCGCGAUCGCGAUUGGUCAAAUGAAAGCAUG